AUGAAGGCUACCAUUGCCGUGCUUGGCGCCUUUGCCGGUCUCGUGCUCGCCUGCGGGGAGGCGGGCUUGCACAUCCGCUCAGCUAUGGAUGCCGAAGCCAGCGCCGCUUGCGAGGGAAGCAACCCGCCAAUCUGGUGUCCUAUGAAGUGCCAAAAUUGCGGGGGACAGUAUUGUAUUGAUGGUUUCAGAGCCUGGCAAUGUAAUUCAGACCCACACCACGGCGAUCUGUGUCCAGGUGGCUGCGACGACUGCUCACCGCAUCGACAAUACGAUGCACCCAAGGGAUGUGUGGGUGGACCAACAGGAUUGAAUGGCGUACCACGAUGUUGA